GGCUCCCAUCUCUACUUGUUGUGAUUUGGUUGGCGGAGAGAAAUCAGUGACUUCCUGCAAGUGCAGCAAAGACAGAGUGGAGUCGGGCGGAGAAGGAUGUGAUAUAUCGUGACUGGGGAAAGCUGUCGUGACAGGGGCAGCGGACCCUUCAACCAAAGGGGAGCACAGAAGCCAGUCCAGCAGUCGGAGGAUGCCGCAUGCGGCAGCUGGGCACAGAUGCCAGCGGGGCGUCUGGAGCAGCGCUUACACAUCAUUAGCUGGAUAGAAGAGCAUUAUGACCACUGAAACCUUUGUGAAAGAUGUGAAGCCUGGACUAAAAAACCUGAAUGUUAUUUUUAUUGUCCUUGAAACAGGUAGAGUUACCAAGACAAAGGAUGGACAUGAAGUUAGAACUUGUAAAGUAGCAGACAAGACGGGCAGCAUCAACAUCUCUGUCUGGGAUGAUGUAGGAAACUUGAUCCAACCUGGGGACAUCAUCAGGCUCACAAAAGGGUAUGCGUCUGUCUUCAAGGGCUGCCUUACGCUGUACACAGGACGGGGUGGUGACCUGCAGAAGAUUGGAGAGUUUUGUAUGGUUUAUUCUGAAGCGCCUAACUUUAGUGAGCCAAACCCUGAGUAUGUGGCACAGCAAUCCCAAAGCAAGCAGGCACAGACAGAGAAUGUGACAGCAACAGCCAAUCACAGCCCUUCAAGCAGCACUACUACUCCUCCAGUCUCUGACCUGCCUAAUGGCAAUGGAAGUAACAACCAAGGCACUGUUGUGCACCAAGCCCCAGCACCAACUCACCCAUCCAGUGGCCGGAUUACACGCAGCCAACCCAACCAUUCCCUUCCUGGAGCACCAAACUCCAUCAGUAAUGGCAAAGAGACACGGCGGACUGGGAAAAGAUAGCAGCCUUAGUCACUGUGACCAAAACUGUACUUUAUUCUCCUCUACAUCGCUAAACACAGGACUGGUGUGAACCUGGAAAGAGCAGGACUGUGCUGUUCUACUAAACUCUUGCCAGAACAUCAUCUCGGCCUCCGCACCAUUUAAAAGAUACAAGAUGUUUAUGUGAGCCAAAUGUCAGCAGUCUCUAUCUAGUGCACUAUAAAGCCUAUACAUGAGAAAA